AUGGAUGCCUCUCAGAAAAUAGAUCUCUAUGCUAGCAGGCUUAAUACGAAGACGAAAUCGAACAUUGCGACCGACCUCCGCGAUUCUCUCGAGAGCCUGUGUUCGCCUCCGCCUGUCUAUACGAAGUUCUUGACCAAGUUUUGGCCGGUCUUCAAGAAGAUCCUGGAGGGCAAGCCAGACUUCCACCCGACCUCGUUCGAGCACAUCCUGCGCAACCAGAUCCUCGAGGUCCUGCACAGACUUCAACAUGCGCCGCCCGAGGUCGAGCCUUUUGCGCUCGACAUGGUGGAAACACUGAUGGAAUUGGUGCGGGUGGAAAACGAGGACAAUGCGGUGCUGUGCCUGAAGACAAUCAUGGAUCUCGAGCGACACCAGCCCAGUGCGACCGCCUCCAAAGUCCAGCCCUUCCUCGACCUCAUCCAAGAGAUGUUUGAGUUGAUGGAACAGGUUGUGCACGAUACCUUCGAUUCGCCCGCGCCUCAUCAAACUUCGUCGUCCGGGGCCAAUCCGCAGAGCCAGACGUUCCAGUCUCCAAGACCCGCAUCGCCAGCCACGACCGUGUCUGAUCCGGGCGCGGAGAGAAAGGAACAUGCGCCGCUUGCCAAGGGGAUGCAGUCUUUCAAGGUUUUAUCGGAAUGCCCCAUCAUCGUUGUGUCCAUCUUCCAGGCCCACCGCAGCACAGUCGCCGCAAAUGUCAAGAAGUUCGUGCCGUCAAUCAAGGGCAUCCUAUUGUUGCAGGCGAAAGCGCAAGAGAAGGCCCACGCCGAGGCUGCAGCCAAUAAGUCCAUAUUCACCGGCGUUAGCAGAGAGAUCAAGAACCGGGCUGCAUUCGGGGACUUCAUCACCGCUCAGGUGAAGACUAUGAGUUUCUUAGCCUAUCUCCUUCGGGUCUACGCAAACCAACUCACGGAUUUCCUGCCAACUCUGCCAAGCGUUGUAGUCCGGCUGUUGAAAGACUGUCCGCGGGAGAAGUCUGGGGCUCGCAAAGAACUGCUGGUAGCGAUACGGCACAUCAUCAAUUUCAACUACCGGAAAAUCUUCCUGAACAAAAUCGACGAGUUACUAGACGAACGCAUCCUCAUCGGCGACGGACUGACUGUCUACGAGACGAUGCGACCACUCGCUUAUAGCAUGCUUGCAGACCUCAUACACCACGUCCGCGACUCGCUAGACCGGAACCAGAUCCGGCGGACGAUCGAAGUUUAUACGAAGAACUUGCACGACAAUUUUCCGGGCACAAGUUUCCAGACCAUGAGCGCCAAGCUCCUCCUCAACAUGGCCGAGAGCAUUACGAAACUCGAAAACAAGGAGGAGGCGAGGUACUUCCUGAUCAUGAUUCUUGAUGCCAUCGGCGACAAGUUCGCAGCUAUGAACUACCAGUAUGAAAAUGCACUUAAGCUGAGCAAACAGUAUGGAGAAAAGCCGAACGAGCAACAAACGGAGACAUACAUGGACGAAAAGGACCAACGACCUGACUGGGAUAAGGUGGACAUAUUCAGUGCGACCCCUAUCAAGACGUCGAAUCCGCGCGAGCGAGGUGCUGAUCCAGUUAACGACAAUAAGUUCCUGUUCAAGAAUCUCGUCAAUGGUCUGAAGAAUAUGUUCUAUCAGUUGAAGACGUGUAAUCCCCCUGGACUGAAUGUGGAUCAGGCCACCAUUCCAAUGAACUGGAGCGAAGUGUCAUUUGGCUAUAAUGCUGAGGAGACCCGGGUGAUCACCAAGCUCUUCCACGAAGGUGCUCGCGUCUUCCGCUAUUACGGUGCAGAGAAUUCUGUGCCGGACAUGCAGUACUCGUCCCCUGUGGACUUUAUGGCAAGCCACUCGAUGGCCCAAAUGACCCGCGAGGAGAAGGAACUGCUUGAGAGCUUCGGAACCGUCUUCCACUGCAUCGACCCUGCCACCUUCCACGAAGUCUUCCAGGCAGAGAUCCCGUAUCUGCACGAGUUGAUGUUCGAGCACACAGCCCUGCUACACCUACCUCAAUUCUUCCUGGCUAGCGAAGCAACAUCACCGGCGUUUGCAGGAAUGGUCCUGCAGUAUCUCAUGAACAAAUUGCCGGAAGUGGGCUCUUCAAAGAUCGUCCAAUCCUCCAUUCUGUUGAGAAUGUUCAAGCUGUCUUUCAUGGCAGUCACAUUGUUCUCUGCGCAUAACGAACAGGUGUUACUUCCUCAUAUCACGAAGAUCAUCACGCAGUGUGUGCAAUUAGCAGUCACAGCGGAGAAGCCGAUCCAUUACUUCAUUCUCCUCCGAUCGCUGUUUAGGAGUAUUGGCGGCGGACGCUUCGAACUCCUCUACAAAGAAAUCCUUCCGCUGCUUGAGAUGCUACUGGAGACUUUUAAUCAUCUGCUACAAGGCGCUCGAGAUCCGCACGACCGGGACCUCUAUGUGGAGUUGACGUUGACAGUUCCCGCACGUCUCAGCCACCUGUUGCCUCAUCUGAAUCAUCUCAUGAGGCCUCUGGUUGUCGCUCUGCGCGCAGGACCUGAUCUCGUUGGUCAAGGGCUCAGAACCCUUGAGUUGUGCGUUGAUAAUCUGACGGCAGACUACUUGGACCCAAUAAUGGCCCCCAUUAUGGACGAGCUGAUGACAGCUUUGUUCGAGCACCUCAAACCGCAGCCAUACCAACACUUUCACUCUCACACGACGAUGCGCAUUCUUGGCAAGCUUGGCGGACGCAACAGGAAGUUUCUGAACCAUCCUCACCAGCUUGCGUAUCGGCGGUACACCGACGACGAGCCCAGCUUUGACAUUCGACUCAAGGAGACCGCCCGGGAUCGAGCGUUCCCUCUGGACACCGGUGUCGACCUCGCGAUCCGCAAAGUGACGGAAGCGUCCAAGAGCACAAGUGGAAAGUCUCUUGAUCUGUAUUACAAGCAGCAAUCAUUCAAGUACAUCAGUAACCAGGUCAAACUGUUCGUAGGUUACGAUAAUCUUCCAGAUGACUUCGCUGCUCUGCUUCGGUUGCAGGCGAACGAUCUCCUUGCGCGGCGUUUCACCACUUAUGCUGAUAUGCUGGCUGAGAACGAAUUUGGAAAGUCGGUCCAAAAGCGGAGAGAGCAGGAAGAGAACCUGAAGAAGUUGCUCAAGGCUUGCUUCACUGCAACCACCGUUCCAGAUCUCAAGGCGCAAGCGGAAGCUUUCAUAUCGAACAUCUCACGCCAUUUCACAAUUGUGGAGCUUGGACAGGCUCUAUGCGAUGCCGGUCGACGAACUAAGGAAUUCGACGUCAACGCAAGCGAGGGGGCGGUUCAUCUCAGCACCCGGCUCCUGGCCGACGUUAUCUGCGACUGUCUAGCGUCAGAAAACGUUUACGUGCGUGAGGCUGCGGAGGCAUCGAUGACUUCCGUGCUUGACACAGCUCGCACAAUUUGUGGAAGCGACGAUAAGGCUGCCAAGCUGCCUUUCUUCACCCAUCUCACACAGACAUUCUGCCACCGAUGUCGCGAGGUUGAGUGGUUUACCAAGGAGGGCUCUACUUUGGGCAUCCAGAUCAUCGUGACAAAGAUGAACCUGGGUAACGCCUUUCUCAACAGCAAACAGCUCGAGAUCAUCAAGGCCCUGCUUUUCGUCAUCAAGGACACGCCCCAAGAAGUCCCGGCAAGCACUCGAAUUACUGCCCAAAAGACGCUGGAAUUCAUUCUCCGGAAGUGCUGCGCUGGCCAAACCAAGGAAAUGCUGACAAACGAAAGAAGCACGAUUCAUGCCCUCUCAGUCACCUUCAGCCUUGAGCUCUCACAUAUGAAUACUCAUGCACGCGAAACUGCGCAGCAGGCCUUCGCAACCAUGGCGGAGGUCGUCGGUGUUGAAGUGCAUGAGCUGAUUACACCUGUCAAGGAUCGAUUCCUACCUCCAAUAUUCAACAAACCCCUCCGGGCGUUGCCAUUCUUAUCGCAGACUGGCUUUAUUGAUGCCAUUACCUACUGCCUGGGUUUAGGUCAUGAUCUCGUCCCCUUGAACGACCAGCUGAAUCGCCUCAUGAUGGAAUCUCUGGCACUUGCAGACGCCGAUUCGGAGAUUCUGCACCCAAAACCCGAUGAGUACAACAACGCGCAGUUGAUUGUGAACCUGCGAGUCUCAUGUCUGAAACUUCUGUCUAUUGCCAUGAGUCUGCCUGAAUUUGCAGCUGGACCGCAGAACUCGAGCCGAGCUCGAAUAAUUACGGUGUUUUUCAAGCUGUUGUACUCGAAAUCGCCCGAAAUUAUCGAGGCCGCGAAUGCUGGUCUGAAGGAGGUACUAGUGCAAACCAGCAAGCUGCCCAAAGAUCUCCUCCAGAAUGGGCUGCGCCCCAUCCUGAUGAAUCUGCAGGAUUCGAAACGACUCACAGUGGCUGGCCUAGAAGGGCUGGCCAGGCUGCUCACUUUGUUGACCAACUACUUCAAGGUCGAGAUUGGUGCUCGUUUGCUAGAACACAUGAGGGUGAUUGCAGAUGAGCAGCUGUUGCAUAAAGUUUCUUUCGGUCUAAUCGAGCAAAAUCCGCAGAUGAAGAUCGUCACCGCGAUAUUCAAUAUCUUCCACCUCCUUCCGGCUGCAGCUACCAGCUUCAUGGGAGAUCUUGUCAACAGCGUACUUGAUCUAGAAGGAAAACUGCGGCGCACGGUCGCCAGCCCGUUCCGCCAGCCCUUGGUUAUGUAUCUGGACAAAUAUCCGAAAGAGACGUGGUCUUUCUUUCAGUCACGUCUCCAAGAGGAAAAGUAUGGUCGCUUUUUUGGGCAGAUCCUGUCCUCUGAUGCUAGUCCCGCGAUUCGCGAGGCUGUAAUGGGUGAUACGGAAGGGUUCAUCAAGGCUGCCUUUGAUGUCGAGAACGCUGAAGAACGACAUACCGCCGCAAUCAAUGGCAUCGACAUCGUCCAUUCCAUCUGCGCCAUGGACUCUGAAAAGAAAUGGCUCCACAAUCAGGAGCAGCUCAGAAUCAAGAUCUUGGCGGCCGGUCGAGAACUCGAGGAGCAACUUCGCAAAGACAGGUUGCAGGGUUCUCAGCGAUUGCGGGCGGAACAAAGUGGAGAUCAACUGAUGGAUAUAUUGACCCAGUAUCUAUCAUCUGCACCAGACGACCUCAGCUUCAUGAUGGAACUCUUCUCCUCCUCCGCCCAAGGGACGGUCAAGACCCCACUCAAGCUUACCAAGUAUCUCUUUGAGUCCGUCAUUUGCGACCAAUCUACGACUCGCCGAUACAAUAUCAUCGAGAAAUGUCUCGAUGUUUACUCGCAAAAGUCCGAACCUCAAAAGGUAAAGACGUUCUUGUUGCGCAACGUGGUCAAUCCCAUCAUGGCAAAAGAUGUACAGAACACGCGCAGCGAGGACAAUAAGGCCGGUACUCUCGCCGACAGCAAGUUGUUCAAUCUCUUCCUCGAGCGCCUUUGGAAGCCAGCCGCUGCUGAUGUGGUGGAUGACCUCUCGCAGCCAGGCGUGGAUCAUUCUCGAAUGGAAGCGCUGCAAUUGUCUGCUUUCAUUCUGAAGUACCACAAAGAUGCGGUGUCGGAGGAUCGCAAAGAUAUCAUCAAAUAUUCUUGGGGACAUAUCAAACUCGAGGACGUCAUCAACAAAUAUGCAGCUUAUGUCCUGAUCUGCUAUUUCAUCAGAUCCUACGAUACUCCUAUGAAGAUUGCAGUGCAGAUUUACAACCAACUCUUGAAAGCACAUCAAAAUGAAGGCAAAGCCCUAGUCACUCAAGCUUUGGAAGUGCUGGCUCCGGUACUACCGGCGAGGAUCGGCGCCAGCGCGAAUACACCUGGCGAGAAACGAUCGCCUUCCUGGGCUCGGCUUCCGCGCAAGAUCCUCAACGAGGAGACAGGCAAUUUGCAGCAGGUCCAGAGCACCUUCAAUUUCAUUGUUCGUCAGCCGGAUCUUUUUUACGAUUCCCGAGAGUUCUUUAUUCCUACAAUCAUUCAGAUGCUGCACAAGAUUGCCCCGCCACCGAAUCCCUCAAACGAAAAUAAGAAACUGGCGCUGGCAUUGAUAUCUUUGAUCCAGCAGUGGGAAAGCCGACGGGUCUCAGCAGUAUCACCAUCGCAGUCUACAGCCGAGCUCACUCCGUCGCGAAAGAGAGACUCUGCCGGAGAGCAAAAGCUGGCACCCCCACCAGCUAAAGAGAAGGCCGAAUAUGUGAUCCCUCUCGAGCUUCGAACGGCCGUUGUGAAGUACAUGAUUACCUUUAUCACGUCGGUCCCGGAACGCUACCCUAUGCCAGCUGCAGAACUCAAAUCCAAGACUAUGCAAAAGGCCCAGCAACAGCCAAUGUCGAAUGACAUGUGCCAGAAAGGCGUUCAGCUUCUUCGCGAGCUUUUGGCGCCCAAUCUAUGGACAGAUAUCGAUGUCGGUCUUUACGAAAAAUUGCUUGAUCCCAUUUUGAGUGGCGAGAAAGCAGACAAGGUCGAUGAAAAGCAGCUGACCUGCAUGAUCAACGCCCUGCAAGUCAUGUGCAUCCUGUUGAGUGUGAAGUCCAACGAGUGGAUCAUCAGCAACAUGGAAAAGAUUCAGAAACUCUUGGAAAAGCCACUCAAGAUGGAGGAACCUGAGAUCCAGGAUUGUUUGCACCUCAAUACGGGCGAUAACGAUUCACCCCCACUAGUGCGCCGGGUGCUGGAAGCCAUGCCGACAGUGAAAACGGAUGAUGCAGAUGGCAUGGACCUGGACAUCUCACCCUCCGACUUCGCUACUCGGUAUUCCAAGGUGUUGGUUGGUGAGGCGCUCUCCAAUGGCAACUAUAUCUCUGGUAUCAACAAUUUGUGGACAUUGUCGCUCGUUCGGCCGGCGGACGUGGAUGAACACAUCAAUGGCGCCAUGAAAGCGUUGCAGCACAAGUUGGCUAAAGAGCACAUCAACGCCUACGUGAUACCACCGGGACCGCCGCCACAAGGCUGGCGUCUUGGUGAGCCGUUGAUGGACCCCUACGAGUUUGCUCUCGGGGUCGAUUUGAUCAAAAAGACCGUCGACAUUCUGUCUUCGCGGAUGGGAGAACUCAAUGAGCAACGUCGACCGUUCCUCAGCGUGCUCGCCUCGCUCGUCGAGAAAUCCUUCAACGUCGAAAUGUGCAGUAAAGUGCUCGACAUGGUCGAGAAAUGGGUUUUCAACUCGACCGAACCCUGGCCGACGCUGAAGGAGAAGACUGCUGUGCUCCACAAGAUGCUCAUCUUUGAGAAAUGGCCAACUCAAACGCUUCUAGAACGGUUCCUCGACCUGGUCAUCAAGAUCUAUGAGGACCCCACUGUGACGAGGACAGAGCUGACUGUAAGGCUGGAGCAUGCUUUCCUGAUCGGCACCAGGGCCAAGGACGUGGACAUGAGAAACCGCUUCAUGAGCAUCUUCGACCGGGCGUUGUCCAAGACCGCGAGCUAUCGGCUCAACUACGUGUUGACCCUCCAGAACUGGGACACUUUGGCCGAUUCCUUCUGGUUGAGACAGGCCUCGCAACUCAUAAUGGGUAGUGUCGAGAUGUCGAUGCCUGCACGUCUUCACUCGGAGGACGUCAGAGUGUGCCCUAUGUCUCAGUUGUUCAGUCCAGGUCUUGUGAACCCGGAGCAAGGCAAGGAUGAUUUAAUGAUUGAGGAUAACCUUGAAGCUCUGGUACUCGCUCAACGACGCUUCAAUCAAGAAAUCCAUGAGGUCAAAGUACGCGAUUUGCUUGAGCCUCUUACUCAGUUGCAGCACACCGACGAUAAUGUCGCCUACGAUGUCUGGGUUAAGCUCUUCCCGCUUUGUUGGUCAGCGUUGACCAGGGACGAGCGCCUCGAUCUCGAGAAGGGAAUGGUCACACUCCUUACGAGGGAGUAUCACCAAAGACAGCUCAACUUGCGUCCCAAUGUCGUCCAAGCUUUGCUCGAGGGUGCUGUUCGAGCCAGACCACGGUUCAAGGUACCUCCGCACGUGAUGAAAUUCCUGAGCCGCACUUACGAUGCCUGGUACACGGCGCUCAUCUCACUGGAGGAAUCGACCGUUGAUCCCCUGAUCGACACUCCUGCGGUCCGCGAGAGUAAUCUUGACGCCCUCAUUGAGGUGUAUGCGGGCCUUCAGGAGGAAGAUCUCUUCUAUGGAACGUGGAGAAGACGGUGUAAAUUUAUGGAGACAAACGCGGCCCUGUCCUAUGAACAGCACGGUAUCUGGGACAAAGCCCAACAGCUCUGGGAGUCAGCACAAGUCAAGGCGCGAACUGGCGUGGUUCCAUUUUCGCAAGGGGAGUAUUAUCUCUGGGAAGAUCACUGGAUGAUAUGUGCUCAGAAACUCCAGCAAUGGGAUAUACUCGGCGAAUUCGCCAAACAUGAAAAUUUCAGCGACCUGCUACUUGAAUCGGCUUGGAGGAAUUAUGAAGCCUGGUCUGGUGAUGAGAACCGUAAUCAGCUGGACUCUAUGAUCAAAUCCGUCUCCGACGCCCCGACGCCGAGACGCACCUUCUUCCAGGCAUUCAUGGCCCUGCUACGGUACAAUUCCAAACAAGUCUCACGGGCAGAGUUCCAGCAUGUCUGCGACGAGGCCAUCCAACUCUCGAUUCGCAAGUGGCAUCAGCUUCCCAAGCGGAUAACAAACGCCCACAUUCCGAUUCUGCAACAAUUCCAGCAACUUGUUGAGCUGCAUGAUGCUAGCGUUAUUUGCGAUAGCCUUAUGGGUACCAACGAGCGUAAUCUCGACAACAAAUCUCAAGAAGUCAAGCUACUGCUUCAAGCGUGGAGAGAUCGCCUGCCGAACAUCUGGGAUGACAUCAACGCCUGGCAAGACCUGGUCACCUGGCGUCAGCACGUCUUCCAGCUCGUCAAUACCACAUACCUGCCUCUUCUACCCCAAGGUGGCAACAACGUCGGAAACAACUCCUACGCCUUCCGGGGCUACCAUGAAACGGCUUGGAUUAUCAACAAGUUCGCCCACGUCGCUCGAAAACAUCAGAUGCCUGAGGUCUGCAUCAACCAACUCGGAAAGAUUUACACUCUACCGAACAUUGAGAUCCAAGAAGCUUUUCUAAAGCUGAGGGAGCAGGCCAAAUGCCAUUACCAGAACAAAGUAGAGCUGAACAGCGGCCUUGAUGUGAUCAACAACACCAAUCUCAACUAUUUUGGCGCGCAACAGAAGGCCGAGUUCUAUACAUUGAAGGGUAUGUUUUUGGCAAAGCUCCAACAUGCAGAGGAGGCCAAUGAAGCUUUUGGUGUUGCAUUGUACUAUGAUCUCCGCUUGCCGAAAGCAUGGGCUGAAUGGGGCCAAUACUCUGAUCGCAAGUUCAAGGAGAAUCCAGCCAAUAUUGAAGCUGCCAGCAAUGCAGUCAGCUGCUAUCUUGAAGCAGCAGGGCUCUACAAGAGUGCAAAGUCGAGAAAAAUGCUCAGCCGAGUCUUGUGGCUGCUUAGCCUGGACGAUGAAGAAGGCCACAUUGCCAAGGCAUUCGAAGACUUCAAGGGUGAGACCCCGGUGUGGUAUUGGACUACUUUCGUACCGCAGCUCCUCGGUAGUCUCGAACACAAGGAAGCACGUCUUGCGAAGUCCGUGCUCGUUAAGAUCGCGAAAGCUUUCCCUCAGGCAUUGUUCUACCACCUGCGUGCGACAAGGGAAGAUUUCCUGGGCAAGAAGAAACAGUAUGAAGUGCAGAGAGCCAAGCAACAGAAGCCCCAAGACGACAAGAAGGAGAGCACUUCACGCCCAGGUACAGCUAACAGCGAAACCGCAGCCAAUGGAACGGCAUCUCCGAAGCCCAAGCAAGAAGAUGGAGACGCCAGCCAGGGUAAUGGCACCGACGCCGAGAAGAAACCGGAAGAGCCCAAGAAGCCUUGGGAUUACACUGACGAGAUCAUGGCGGGUUUGAAGACCGCUUUCCCAUUGCUCGCCCUUAGCAUGGAGACAAUGACAGAUCAGCUCUCCAAACACUUCAAGUGUCCGCCGGACGAGGAUGCCCACCGAUUGAUUGUUGCGUUGUUGAAUGAUGGCCUACAUUACAUCAGUCGGGCGCCCAUGACUUACGCCGAAGGCGCCAAACUGCCUCCCCAGACUGAAGCCAAUGUUGCCCGAUUUGUGCAGUCUGUCCUGCCUGCCCACAUCCGCAAGUCAUUCGAAGCGGACUUUGUGCAGACCAAGCCGACCAUGUACGAGUACAUCCACAAGCUGCGCAAGUGGCGAGACAAGUUCGAACAGAAACUCGACAACAGACAGCAAUGGGCGCCGCUCGAAUCCUACAGCCACCAUCUGAGCGAGUUCAAGUUCCUCAAAUUCGAUGAUUCGGUCGAAGUCCCCGGACAGUAUCAGCAGCACAAGGACAAGAACACCGAUUUCGUCCGCAUCGAGCGAUUCAUGCCGACCGUCGAACUCGUCCGGGGCAACAGCAUCUGUCACCGCCGGUUGACGAUUCGUGGCCAUGACGGCUCUCUGCAUCCUUUUGCCGUCCAGCAUCCGACAGGAGGCAAAGUGCGCCGUGAGGAACGCAUUGUCCAGCUCUUCCGCAUCUUCAACCAGACCCUCGCCAAACGCAAAGAAUCGCGUCGGCGGAACCUAUAUUUCCAUUUGCCCAUCUUUGUGCCGAUAGCACCGCAUAUCAGGCUGGUGCAAGACGACGCCUCCUACAUUACCCUGCAAUCUGUCUACGAAGAACAUGUACGCAAAUUGCCUCCCAACACCAUCUCUCGCGACGACCCGCUUCUCUUCGUGCUGGAAAAAUCCCGCACCAUCGCCGAACAGCAAAAGACUACCCCGCGGACACCCGAACAAGUGGCCAUCAUGAAGACCGAGAUCUUCAGCACGAUUCAAGAACGCUGGGUCCCCAAUACCAUCGUCCUAAAGUACUUCCAAUCCACGUACCCCUCCUUUGAAGACUUCUGGCUCUUCCGUAGACAAUUCUCCUAUCAGUUCGCGGCGACGACAUUCAUGACCUAUGUCAUGCACAUGUCCGCGCGCUAUCCGACGAAGUUCUCCAUCUCCAGGGCCACGGGGGAUAUCUGGGCGAGCGACCUGCUUCCCAACCUGAACUCCACAAGAGCAUUGUUCUACAACCCUGAACAAGUCCCUUUCCGGCUUACGCCCAACCUCCAGACACUGAUGGGCCCUCUUGGGGUAGAAGGGAUCUUCACCGCCUCGCUCAUGGCGAUUGCGCGCUGUUUGACCACCGCCGACGGAGGCGAUGGAGCUGCCGGUAGCGGGUACGAAAUGGAACAGCAACUCGCCGUAUUCGUGCGGGAUGAGAUGUUCAACUGGGCAGCAGGAAGACCGCAGAACGCUCAAGGCGCCGAACAGAAAAUGGAGGGCAACCAUCUUCGGGAACUUGUGGCCAUGAAUGUGGACUUCAUCACCAGAAGGGCGUUGACGUUGGCCAAGACGCAGGGCACUGUUAAUCCCAGCACUUCCGCCGGUGGCAGUGGCGCCGGGCAGGGAGCCGCGAGCGGCACAGGAGCGGAAGGCUCUGGUGGUAGCAGUGGGACUGCCACGACGCCAGGCGGCACUGGCGUGCUACCGGCGUGUCAGAAUGUGGUGGACUUGAUAAGUAAGGCGACAGAUCCGACGAGGUUGAGUUCUUUGGAUGGGUUGUGGAUGCCUUGGCUUUGA